AUGCCUGCUCCUCUGUCUCUCUUCUCCGUCAAUGCCGUCCUCAUUAUGUCGGCGGAUGAUGGAUCCCGCAUCUUUACCAAGUACUACUCGGCGCCUCAUGCCCCAGCUGGCACAGCGCCCAACUCGACCAAUUACCCCGGUGCGAACCCCUACCCUGCCCUGAAGGAGCAGCGUGCAUUUGAGAAGGGUCUCCUUGAGAAGACCAACAAGUCCACUAGCGACAUAAUUCUUUACGACAACCGGAUCGUCGUUUUUAAGAUGGAGAGCGACGUGAUGCUCUACGUGGUUGGAAGUGCCGAUGAGAACGAGGUUCUACUAUACAAUGUCGUCCUGUCUCUCCGUGAUGCUCUUGGAAUUUUAUUCAAGGGUGCCACCGACAAGCGCACCAUCGUCGAGAACUACGACCUCGUUUCCCUUACCAUUGACGAGCUUAUUGACGACGGUAUCAUUCUGGAGACUGACCCUGUCAUGGUCGCCUCGCGUGUUAGCCGUGCGCCAGCUGCGGAUGCGCCCAAUAUGAAGAACAUCGAUCUCUCGGAACAGGGUCUGAUGAACGCUUGGGAGUUCGGUAAACGCCGUCUGGCCGAUUCCUUGCGACAGAUGUAA